UGUCUGCCUCGACUUCUCCAGCCUGAUCCAAUGUGACGACACCCGCCAUGUCUUCCAGCUCGAAUGUGCCCAGGCACAUGCGCAGCCCCGGCGACGAUGGCUACCGCACGCCCACGAUAGAAGACGCGCAGCUGAACUUCCCUGUUCUCCGCGUGUCGGACAGUCGCGGCAGCCAAGGCAUCCAGUCCUCCGCCGUCGAGCAGCUGCACAACUUGUCGCAGCGAGCGACAGACAGAGGUCUAGAAAGAGAGCAGAAGGACUGUGGCGAUUGUUCAGAGCACAACUCGCUGCACAGGACGCUCACGGGGUAUUCCGCCAAAAGCCUGAGCUGGAAGAAGCGGAUUCGCCAUGUUACGUGGGCCUAUUUCACCAGCACCAUGGCCACCGGAGGGCUGGCUAAUGUUCUAUACCAGGUGCCGUACCGGUUUCGCGGUCUCGAUACAAUCGGAAUUGUGGUCUUUCUGAUCAAUAUCGCCCUGUACCUGUUCAUCUGGGGCCUGCUGAUUGCACGGUUCUAUAACUACCCCUACACCUUUAAAGCUUCAUUUCUGCACCCCACCGAGUCUCUCUUCGUCCCCGCGUCGGUGGUCUCUUUCGGAACGAUCUUGAUCAACGUCUCCCAGUAUGGUCCUCAAAAUGCGGGGCCGUGGCUGGUUGAGGCUGUCGGGAUCCUGUUUUGGUUUGAUGCUGCCCUGGCCGUGAUAUUGUCGGCCGGUAUAUAUCUUCUUCUGUGGUCGACCCAGACUUUCACCAUUGCCCAGAUGACCCCCAUCUGGAUCUUCCCUGCUUACCCUAUGCUGAUUAUUGGGCCUCAUGCUGGCAUCCUGAGUGCCAAAUUAGACCAGGCACGCUCACUGCGUAUCAUCAUUGGAGGCACCACCAUCCAAGGCGUCGGGUUCCUGGUGUCAAUGAUGGUGUACUCGGCCUUUAUCUACCGGCUCAUGACGCAGAAACUACCAAAGGAGAACAGCCGACCGGGUAUGUUUGUUUCUGUCGGACCAAGUGGCUUCACCGUGGCCGGUAUCGUGAACAUGGCUGCCAAUGCGAAACGAUCUUUUCCCGCUGAUUUCAUGGGAAAUGGAGCCCUAGCCGCUGAUGUUUUGAAGGUGGUCGUUGACUUUGCUGCCCUGUGGCUGUGGGGCUUGGCCAUGUUCUUCUUCAUCAUUGCCAGCGCCGCCCACUUUUCUGCCUUUGGACCGGGAAAGAUGGUCUUUUCGAUGACCUGGUUCUCGUUUAUCUUUCCCAACACUGCCCUGAUCACGGCUACAUUUGCCAUCGGCCAGGCCUUCUCAUCCAAGGCCAUCAACAUCGUCGGGUGUGUAGCGGUAUUCCCGUUGCUGCUGAUGUACUUUUUUGUGUGCUACAAGAUGUUUCGUGCUGUCUAUCUUCACCAGAUUAUGUGGCCGCAGAGGGGCGAAGAUCGAGAUGAAGGUGGCUUUGAAAUACACACCAUCAAGCCAGAGGCCGAUGACUCUGGCGAGAAUAUCAUGGUAUAGCAUGUGAGACUGUCGAGCUCGUCCACUUAUGAUGUAGAAAUUGAAUGGCAUAUGCAUAUAUUCUUUUGACCUAGUACUGUAUCUCACUUUCAUAAGGCAUUAAAAUACCAGAG